UUGGAAGGCCAUUGACUAGAACAUUUGUUAUGGAACCUUCGUGGUGUUGAGGUCUCUCUUGCAUUAAAUGUUCCAAGUGCCACUUUUCCAAGUGUUUUUCUCGUGUUGUUUUCCUCCCCCAAAAAAAGAAAAAAAAAGCAAAAGCGAAAAUUUCUUGUGCUCUAGUUUUCGUCAAACGGUCCUGUGACAGACUUUGACUGUGAAAGGAUACCUUCCAGCACCAUUAACCAUCAAACCAUAACGAAAAUUAAGUGAAGAAAAGAAAUUUUAAAUUACAGAGUUGGUGGAUGAUUUGCAAGAAAAAAGGAAUAUAGCAAUUUUGUGUGCUUUCAACACCUAGAGAGACACACUUCCUAUCCGCCAAAAAACAAAAGAUGAACAAUUAAUUUGAAAUAACUGUCGAUGUAACGCAAACAAUUAAUUAUGAUUUUGGAUCAGUGAAAUAAAUAUAAAGAAGUUAGUUCAAGACAUAAUUACAUGUAUAAGUCAGUGGAAUGAUGUACAAAGUGAAUUCUACUUUCAAAUACAGUUCUUAACUUUUUAUCUCUCUUUCACACUCUCCACUUCAUAAUUUUUACCUCAAUCAGCAAAUUGAGAAAUUCUUGUGAGCAAAAAACACCGUAAUAAUCUUUCAUGUUGUGAUACUAUUUAAGUUUAACCACUCCUUUGGUACAUCUUCGAGUGAAAAAUAGAAAAGAAUUACCAUUAAAUUGUUUCGGAUAUCUAUUUCUUUCAUUUCUUCUAAUACUUCCUACCAAAAAAAAACGUUGCACAUCAACACGCUAAAUUAAUAAUUCAAUUUUCAACCAAUAUAGAUAACAAUUAGUUAAAAAGGUGCGUGAGUUAGCAAUCAAUAGAAAUAAAAAAAAAUAAAAAAUAAAUAAAAUAAAGUUAUUCUCAUCGAGUGAUCUUUUUGGCAUAAAAUGCUGGCGGUAGUGUUACGAUAUUUACUGAUGAGCACCCUUGUGCUACUGGGCAGGAGUGAGAAUGUGAAUUUUCCUGGUGUUGUGGAACAAAUCAGGACAAAUCGGCAAAAUCGUGUAAGUCGCGAAUUCAUGGGUGAACAUCAUGAGUAUAUUCCCGUGAAGACAAUCACGAGUGAUCCCACGAAGGCACCUGCAGAAGAUGCGGCAGAGCAUCUUAGGGAGCUCAUUCAUGUGAAUCCAGAUACACUGACGGCACAACAGAGGCGUCUACUGGAGCAAAUUGUGGACAGAGUAGCAAGAUACGGUGGAUUAAUGGUGACUAACAAAAUUCCAGUAGAAUCCAACGGUGAUGAGGAUGCACAGCCAAGAGCUCAUCCAACACGGAGCGGUAAUAGAAACAAGACUAAAUCAACGACAACCAAGAGGCCAUCGUCCGUGAUGGCAACAAAGACCGUACAAAAACAGUCAACGUCUUCCGCAUCGGCAGCACAAUCUGCAUCCACAGCAUCACUAAAUCAAUCAGCCACGAUCGCUAAAGCCACUCACAAACCACUCACGAGACAAAAACUCAAAUCACCAUCCACCACAGAUCCCACAGACUAUGCCCAUAUCACCACAGUCACCCCCUCAAAUGCACCAAUUUAUCACGAUGCCAAGACCACAAGUGCUACCAGUAGACACACGGUCAAGCCAUCAGAAAUAUCUCUAUAUGACUACAAUGUAACGGCUUCGGCACUCAUUGAGAGUCUCUCGAAGCCCAAUUCUGUCGCCUACCAGCAACGGAUCCGAUUGCCAGCACCUUCCGCAUCCACCCAUCAUCACCAGACGCCAGCAGCCACCAAUACCACCAAGAUCAAGCUCCAGCAAAAACCACCAGUUACGGGAACUGCCAAACCGACCAAGUACCACUAUUAUCCACAUAAUCAGCAUAUUUAUCUUCUGCCCGAGUGCGCCAUUCAACAGGUUUGCAAUGCGGUCUACGUACGACUUAAUUACACCCAACCCCUCUGCGCGUGUCCAUCCAGAUACCGAGAUCCAUGCUCAGCCAGCCUAAAUGAAGAUGACCUGCACACGACCAAAUUGAUUGGUGACAGAAGUAAAAAGGCCAUAACCUUGGCCAAGACGUGCGAAUCGACCACAGAGAUGCGUGAAUGUCGCGCCCCGAAAGAUUGGUCCCUGCUGGCACUUCAAAACGUGAGAACGGGCAAAUCCCACUAUCUGGUCAUCUGUCGCUGUCCCGAUGGCUUUCGACUCGAAGGUCCCAUGUCCCAUGAUCAGCCAACCUAUGCCAGUGUACCAGGGAUUCGGGUAUUUGGGAUGAUGUGCGUCAAACCCGGCUACUUCAUCAAGCAUCCAACGCAGAGUCAGCCACCAAAGCGUCGUCCCACGAGACCACCAUCCCACAAAUACACCGAGAGUUACCAGCAGUCACAGUACCAGACCAACUAUCAGUAUCUCAAUCGACCGGGAAGCCCUCCACCCUACUCAUCCACCAUCUCCAGCAGACCACAGUACCAGAACAUCGUCAACACGUACAGCCGACGGACACGCAAUGGCACAUCCUCCGAGGAGGAGCCACUAUUCGAAGAAGAGACACCGGAACCCGACCAGGAUCUCGAGGAUACCACGAGGAGUGAGAGGAGCUAUAAGAGUUCAAUACCCGAAUUUCCCAUCCAUCGAAUAAAGGAGCUAAUACAGCAACUGCAGUGGGAUCAAUAGACUAAAAAAAAAAGCAUUUCGCCUGAGAAAUCCUGUAGAAAUUACCUAUUUAUUGAGUUUUACGGCAAUAUAUCAAAAUGUCUAGCAUACGAUUUUUAUAAAUUAUUAAAGAAAUUGAUAGAAAA